GCUCAGGUAAAUCUUCCUGCGACAACACAAAGCCUCCAAACACGGAAGUGAGUUCUGUGUACGCGCGGAGCUCAGAAACAUUUCCUUCAUUAAAACUGUGUGUUGGAUUAAAGACGAUGAUCCGCUGGUCUCUGUUGCUGCUCCUGGUAUGUCCCGGUCUGUCCCUGGACUGUGAGUGGGACCUGGCCCCUGAUCCCGAACAGGCUCCGGAGCUGGACUCGACCGUGCCCCCGGUAACGAUGGCCGUGGACCGGCAGAACUGCCUGGAGACGUGCUGUGAGGACCCAGACUGUGACCUGGCCCUGGUCGGGGUCCGGGAGCAGCAGUGCGGGAUGGUGAAGUGCUCCAUCCAGGACCAGGACGUUUGCGUGUUCCCCCCCAGCUCCGGACUCAAGGUCUACCGCAAGAGGGUGAAAAACGAGGCCGACAGUGAAGACCAGGAGGGCGGGGAGGAGCCGCGAGUCGACCCGCCGGAGCUCCGGACUCCCAGGAACAACCAGAACAACAACGUCCGCUGUCGUCUCCCGAUGAAGGUCGGACGCUGUCGAGCAGCUUUUCCUAAGUUUUACUACGAUGUGACCAAUGGGAGCUGCCGUAGCUUCACAUAUGGUGGCUGUGACGCCAACGGCAACAACUUUGAUACCCGGGAGCAGUGUGAGGCGGCGUGCAGCGGCGUCACAGAGGUAUCUCAGGAGGGUGAGGGUCCUAAACCUGCAGCUACAGAGUCAGUCCCCACUCAGGAGACAGUGUCUCUGUCUGUCCAUCCAGAGGUAUCUCAGGAGGGUGAGGGUCCUAAACCUGCAGCUACAGAGUCAGUCCCCACUCAGGAGACAGAAAUGUCUGCUACUGACUUCGCAGAGCGCUGUGAGGCAGAGCCUGAGGUGGGUCCCUGCAGAGCUGCAUUUCAACACUGGUACUACGAGCGUAAGACAGGAAGCUGCCAACCAUUCAUCUACGGAGGCUGCAGAGGAAACAAGAACAACUACAUCACCAAGGAGAGCUGCAUGACUACCUGCACAGGUGAGUAACAAGCCUGUAUGUAC